UUUUCUCCUCCUCGUCGUGAGAAGGCGCGAGCCGACGACUCCCACUUACCAAAGGGCAAUUGUCGCUAUAUUUUACUGCAUCCCGAAGUGAAAGGCCUGAGGUGUGCCUGUGUUGGGUAUUCAUUGAACCGCUCAAUACCAGGAAGCACUUGUGAUUGUGGUCAUCAAGCCUGUUAUCACGAACCUGAUAAGGAGAAUGUGUCGUUCGAAAUGAAUGAGUUGGAGGAGUUGAAAAAGAAGGUGGACAUGCUGCUACAAGCUGAGCUUGGGAGGGAUAAAUAUCCUGCGCGUGCUGAACUGGUUGGUCGUAUUGGUCGAUUGGAAGAGACGGUGGAGGGACAGAAGGCCGAGCACGAUGCAGACUUGAAGAACGUUCAGAUGGGUAUGAGUGGUCUAUGGCAGCAUGUUGGGAGUUUGGAGCAGAGGACGCCAUACUACCAGGACCACAUUGAGGAAUUGGUGGAUGAUGUACAGAGGUUGAAGGACGACUAUCAAAAGAUAGAUGCUCGUAUCAUCGAAAUCGACGAUGCUACGAUGCGUACCGAAGAUAGGGUAGAUGUUCUGGAGCAGACAUCAGUCAAUGGACCCGCUAUCAGUCGACGACGCAAAGCCUCCACCCCACCCUCCCCGGGACUCGACGAUGAUGUCGAAGACUCUAUCAAGUCGGAAGAUGAUAUGAAUUUAUCCCAGUUCGGCGAUCGAUUACCGAGAACUUUUGUGUUAGCUGACGAGCAAGCUUUACACAUCCAGUCGUUUCGACAAAGAGUCUCCUCCGUUGGCUCAGGAGCCCAAUCCUGGACUGUUCAUGUCUCCCUCCUACCCUCGUCCUCGCAGCCGUUCCCUUUUGAAAAGGAUACUGCAGCUUACAAGCGCUGCCUUUCUCGAGGCCUGCAUCAAAUGAUCGUGGUACCGGACUGUGAUAGCGCAGCGUUCAGGAAUGCUGUCGACGUGGCUUUUGUCAAGAUUCUUUGCGGACGCCUGUGGCACCCUUUGGUUGCGAGACUUUGUGAUGCAAAGAAUCUCAGAGGUCUUCCCAUGCUACGCCAACUAGCUCCGUAUCUCAUCGGUAGUGACUAUAAUUAUGAUUUCCUGCAGCAGAAUUGUGCCGUCAAUGACGAUAGUGGCAAGAUUCUGGAUCUGUAUAUCGCCAUGGCCGACGAUACUCUCUCGUGGGCUGAACUCAGAGUCGUCACCCCUCACAUACUCGGCCUUGAAGCUGCUUGGUCCUAUGAUCCUUAUCUUGACGGC